UUCGUUCCUUGCGAACAGCUUGAGCCACUGGCUCGGUUGCGCGGACUGAUCCCCGAGUUCUCGAUGCGAUCAUUGGUCUCGAUCGUUUACAGUAUGGUGUGUCGCGCACACUCUCGCGGGGUGAACAAUGAUGUACCAAUUUCGAGGAUAAUGGUCUUGAUUGAGUGGCCUUGCCCGCGCAACCCGUGCGGAUUCCAACCAUGUUCCAAGCUAUCACCAACCGUAUUCUCCACCAUCAACCAAUUCCGCGCGUGGUGUCUCAUCAGGUCAGAAGAAAUACCGUCGCCUACGAGCCCUCCCACAGCAUAAUUUCCCACCCGGCAUGAUUCCUCCGGUCUAAUCUCCGUUGUACCAGCAAAUUUCAUGCACGAUCUGCACAUUGACGAGAACGAGCAAUGAAGCUCAAACCGAGAAUCACCCCUGCCAGUCUUCUCAUGAUGCACGAGGCUGCAAAGAGAAAUGCAGAGGAAUACGGCGAGUAGCCGCGGCGCGCGUAGGCGUCUCUACCAGUGUUUUAGAUCCACUCUCAAAGCAGCACGGGUCCACUAUAUCCCUACUCGCGUGUUGGAACUCUCGACCGAACCCUGGAAUCAAACGAAGCUCUG